GUGGGAACAGGUCCUGCCACAAAUAAUUAUAUCUGCCACACUCCAGGCAGGACUGGGGCAGAGUGAAGCAGUCACAGUCACAAAAGAAAGGUGGAGGGGUGCGUUGGAAGUCCUCGGAUCCCCAAAGGAAGAAGCAGCUAUGAACUGGAUUAUUGGAGACAACGACAGAAACUGAACUACUGAGGCAGUGCGACUGCUCUAAAUAUCUACCGUGUUCACAGCUGAAAAGAUCUUCACGCAGGAUGUCACGUCAUGUGAGCUUCAAUCCAGAUGUUCCAGGGUGUAGCGCCUCCAAACUUUCUUCUUCGGACGCUGAAGAGAUUAUGAUGCACGAAUCAUUCCAUCAUCUCAGGGAUCAGCAGAGCGGUGCUUUUGUGACUGAGGUUGAGAUGGAGCAGCUGGGAGACACGAGAACAAAGGAGUUAGUGUGUUUUCUGUCACCUAAUCGUAAAGGGACAGAAGGUGAGGACCUUUAUGAGUGCUAUGAUGCUGCAACCUUGAAGGUGCUCUCCUCCAUGCCCAGCAGAACUAUUGGUCGUUCCAGAGGCGCAAUCAUCUCUGAAUACUGCAACCGCACGUUGAAACUACGGAAGCGUAAGACUCGGCCUUCUGUGAAGGAAAUUUCUCGGUCUAUGAGGCCAAGCAUUCGGGACCAGUCUGCUUUGGAUGACAGACAUGAAGAGGAGGCAGAAAAGAAGAGACAGCUGGUGCGUGAGUUAGAAAACAUUACUGAGAGUCAACGCAACAAAAUACUGCAGGAGAUGCCACUAUGUCUGUCAAUGAAACUGGACCUCAGAAACCAAGUUACCUCCAAAGGUUGUUUUAAAGAACCACAAGAAAGGAGACGUCUGCAUUGUUGCAGUCACAUUAAAUAUAGCCUCAUGUUUGGUGCCCAACGGCGGUGGUAUGGGUUCCUCUCCUUCCUGCAUUCCCUUCAGUUGUGGCAGAUGACCCAGAAACAGAUCAGCGGUCGUUUUGGCAUGGGCGUGCUCUCGUACUUCAUUUUCCUCAAGAUCCUGCUCAUGUUCAACAUUUUCCUCUUUGCUUUGAACCUCCUCUUCAUCGUUAUCCCCCAAGCUACACAGCCUCCCGCGGUGACCCAAAGCAAGUUCACCGGACUCGAGCUGCUGACUGGGGCGGGUAAAUUCACAGAAACCAUUCUAUACUAUGGGUACUACACAAAUAGCUCCUUGAAUUCAAAUUGCACUACAAGUAGCUGUUUCAGUAUCCCGUACAAUAUGCCUAUUGCAUAUGUGUAUACUCUGGGAGCUGCCUUUUUCAUCACUUGCAUCAUCUUGGUGUACAGCGUAUCCAAGGCUUUUGGGGAGAGCUUCCGAGUGGGCAGUACCUACAGGGAUCUAGCAGUCAAAUUAUUCUGCUCAUGGGAUUUUAAGGUUACUCAGAAAAAGUCCAUUGAGGUACAAUAUGAGAACAUCAGCACCCAGUUGAAGGAGAUCCUUUCUGAUCUAAGGACCAAUACCUCUCGCUUGAGUACUUGGGAGAAGCUGCGCAACAUAGCCAUUCACAUGUUUGGGUGGCUCAUAUGCUUUGGCAGUGCUAUUGGCUGUGCUAUUGGCGUUUACUACUUCUCAGAACAAAUACUGGAGGACUAUACCGACAAAAUCCGAGAGGGAAAGUCAAAGCAAGAGUUGGACAGCAGUUUGUUGGCACUUCCCAUUGUAGUGUCCUUUAUCAAUCUUGUGCUGCCUUACUUUUAUAACUUGAUUGGUUCAGUGGAAAAGUAUGAGCUCCCUCAACUCCAAGUCUAUGUCGCUAUCACCAGGAAUCUGGUGUUGAAGAUGUCCAGUUUAGGACUGCUGUGUUAUCACUGGUUGGGAGGAAAUACCAGAAAGCAAGCAGAAAUACCAUGUUGGGAAACGUUUGUUGGGCAAGAAUUAUACCGCUUGGUUGUGGUGGAUUUUAUAUUUAUUGUGCUGGACACAAUUUUUGGAGAAUUCGUGUGGAGGUUAAUUUCUAUGAAAUUACACAAAAAGAAGCCAGAGUUUGACAUUGCCAGAAAUGUCCUGGAGUUGAUCUACGGACAGACUCUCAUAUGGUUGGGUCUUCUCUAUUCUCCACUCUUGCCUGCUAUUCAAAUCAUUAAGUUUCUCUUUGUAUUUUACAUCAAAAAACAUAGUCUGAUGAGGAACUGCGAGGCUCCAAGCAAACGUUGGGGAGCAUCUCACAUGAUGACUGUCUUUAUCACUCUGCUGUGUUUCCCUUCAUUCCUCGGAGCAGUUGUUGCUUACACCUAUACCAUAUGGUCGAUAAAACCAUCCAACGCGUGUGGUCCUUUCCGAUCACUGAAUACCAUCUAUGAGUCUGCAAAGAACUGGGUCAAUCAAUUGGCGAAAACAGAUUCUAGGUUAUACUGGUUUUCAUACAUUCACAGAUCAUUGGUGGAUAAUCCUUUCAUCUUCCUGGUUGGGUCAGCAAUUUUAAUGAUAGUGAUUUAUUUCCACUGGCAAGUUGUGGACGGUCAAAGAAAGAUUAUCAAACUAUUGUAUGAGCAAAUAGCUAACGAGGGAGAAGACAAAAAGUUUCUUAUUAAUAAACUCAAAGGCAUGAACAGUAAGAAAUCAAAAUCUGCAAAACAGAGGCAGGAUCAUCAAGAAGAAGAUGAGGUUUUCAGCUGAAGAACAAGAUGGGAAAGAGCAACAAGUGCACAUCUGCCGAACAAACAUCUGCUAAGUCGCUGUCACUGCUUAUUGAAUGAGAUAACGCAGAAUGCUAUGAGCUCUUUCAGGUUCACGUUGGCAAAUAAAUCAAGUCAUUUAACAGAAACUGGAAUACGAAUACAAAGCUGGUUGCGUUGUUAUUUGCAGACCUUUGACUGUGCAAUGUUGGGAAUGAAUCCUGCCAUUGUUCCAGUGUGGUUUAUCAAACAUUCAGGGUUUUUAAUCUUCUCUGCAAAAUUGGCUUUGUGAGAAGGGUGGUUCGCAAUAUUGCCUGCCAAGUUUCAUGGAAAUAUUACAAUUAGUAUUUGCAUAGCUAUUGCCAACUUCUUAUUUUCAAUUCACAGAUGUCUAGUUCAUGGAGAAUAUUGUGUAACACUCGUUGAGUUAAGAGUCAGAGUCAGCUCCCAUGAGAUUUACUGGAAGUAGAUUAAUGUGUCACUGGCUUUUGUCAUCAAAUCUAUUGCCUGUUGCUAAAAGCAGCAUUACACAUUUUGCUAGCAGAGAGACUGUAGCAAUUUCACAUGGGAAUAAUGAGCAAAGAAAUAUAAGAACAUAAGAAAUGCUAGACGAAAAUAGACCAAGGUCCAUCUAG